AAUAAUAUAUAGCACUUAGGAUGACAGAUUCAAUCUUAAAAUUUAGCCUUGAUAUCAAAUAAAAAUAUUUGAUUGGAGUUUGAUUUAAAGUGAUCCAGGGGUGCGCGUGCCUUCAAAGUAGGCGUAGGCCUAACACAUCGUUGGAUCGAUUAUACUAUACACACCUCUGUAGGAUCAGCAUCAACAUGGAUGCCCUGAACGGAUUAAGACUUUUGUUAUGUUUUACUUUAGCAAAGACUACAUACUCACAAAGUACAACUGACGAUAACUAUAAGUUAAUUUGGGAGGAGAACUUUGAUAGUCCUACAAAGACGGGUGCCGUGGAUCGAACCAAAUGGGAACACGAAACGACAGCCUGGGGUGGAGGGAACUGUGAGUUCCAAGUUUACACUCCUGAUACAACAAAUACCUACGUGAAAGAUGGCACCUUGUUCAUCAAACCCACACUCACGGUGAAUAACACCAACCCGCUGACCAACCAACCUUUUGGGAAGGAUUUCUUAACAACUGGAGACCUUGACCUUAAUGCCAUGUAUGGAGCCUGCACGAUGUCUGAUAAUUGGGGCUGCCGUAGAGAAGGCAAAUACGGCCUCAUUCCCCCUAUUAUGUCCGGUAGGAUACGAACGAAGGGAAGAUUUGCUUUCAAAUAUGGACGCCUGGAGGUUGUGGCCAAAAUGCCCGUUGGUGAUUGGAUGUGGCCAGCAAUUUGGUUAUUACCCGAAGGUAACAUUUACGGCGGGUGGCCAAGAUCUGGGGAAAUAGACCUCGUAGAAACAAGAGGCAAUCGUGACCUUAAGUACACUGAAAGCGGAAAUUACGCUGGUAUACAAGACAUUGGGUCAACGUUACACUGGGGGCCUGUCUGGAAUGUCAAUCACUACCACCUCACUACUGGACACCACGAGAAUGUGACGUCAAAUUACGGUGAUCACUUCCACACAUACUUGCUGGACUGGGAUGAAUUUGGACUCAGAUUCUACAUCGACGGACACGAGAUAGCCAAAUAUCCAGAUCCAUUAAUCAACGAUGAUCCCGAUUGGACAGGCUGGUGGGAUUUUGGUGCUCCCUGGGAAAAUAAUGAAACAAACCCGUGGGCUGAUGAGUCCAAAAUGACUCCUUUUGACCAAAAGUUCCACAUUGUGAUGAACGUUGCAGUAGGUAGUACCAACGGUUUCAUGCCAGACGCUUCAGCAGCAACAAAUGGUGGAGCUGCCAAACCCUACAAUAACUCAGAUCCAGACGCCAUUGUUAAAUUCUGGAACGCCAGAGAUGAAUGGUAUCCAACAUGGACAGCGGAGGGCGACAAUGCAGCAAUGCAGGUCAAAUCUCUCAAGGUGUACCAGCACCAAAUACAAACCUGUAAUGUGUCUGUUGGGACUAGCGUUAGAAUAACAGUCAUGCUUUGGGCUGUAUUAUUAUUGAAUUUUGUUUGAACUAGUUAUUGAUCUAGUUUGAAAUACUAAACGAUCCAAUGAGAGAUUCGAAUUCGGACAGGAAACUGAUACCUUCUUUUUCUAAGGAGGGCAAAUCCUGAAACAAAUUAUAUGUCACUUUUCCGCUCAGCUGUUACACAUUUAGUACACUAACAUGUAUCCGAUUUUCAAAUAAUUGCUAUUUUCAUUAUAUUUUUGGCUGGUGCGUGAAUUAAGUUCUCAAAUUAUCUAGUACAUUUUAAACUAUUUUCGAUCAUUACUACAGCAGUAGUUAAUCCACUGGAG